GGGAGAAAGACGAAGGGAUGUGAAGAGUAAGCGCGAUUGCCAAGUUGGAAGAGGCGAGGAUACCGGAGGUGGAACGGGACAGAGCGAUGGUGAUUGCGCGCCAUUUUUACUGCGCACCCAGGUUGGCGCACCAAUCAGAUUUGAAUCCUGGAGAGUCGGUGGAAGGGCACCGGACCUCGUGGCUUCGGUAAACGGCGGACUUGAAACAGGCUUCCUUGCCUUGAAGAUUGGACGAACGAGCAGAACGAGUCUGGCCGUCGUACGGUGAAGACCAGAAGUUGCUUAUCUAGUUCGGUACCUGUGAGUUUGCGGCGUAGGUAGCCGGGCCGAAUUUUCGAGAAAUCUUGACAGAAAAGUCGGCGGAAAUCGGGCGGAAUAGCGGAGGAUCGGUUGGCCGGGGAGCGGUGGACGUUCGGAAGGGAGGAAAACGGAGCGGCACACUUUCCAAUUCGGAUGCGGGAUUGGAAAUUCGCGUGGGCGCCGCUCUCGAACGUUUUGAAAAGCGAAAGAAGAUCGAGACGGAGAUAAGAACGAAAGUGGUUUCCCACCGAGUUGGUUGCUCGAUUUUGUCGAAACAGAAGAAGUCUUCGAGAUGCUGGCAGCUUCGUUCUGUCGCGAAGUUCACUUCACAGUGUUGUCCAGCACGACGAUGGCCUCGCGCGUACCACGUUGCUUGUUCGGCAAACCGAAUUCGAGGGAAACCGUGGAAAUGCUCCACGAGGCGCUCGACGCCGAGAGAAGCAAAUUCGCCAAGCGAUGGGGCGUCGAUCCGCGAUCCGAAGACAAGGAGAACAACUAUCAGAAGAAAUAUCACGACAAGUACGAGCAAUCGCCAAAAAAACGGAGCAAUCCGUAUUCCAGGCAGACCAGUAUCCACGAUUAUUGGCGAGCCCGUAAGGUAUGCGAGGUGAAUAAGAAACCUCUUGCCUCAUCGGUGGACGCGACGAAGCAACAGAACGAGUCGUCGAAACCGUCGAAGAUGAUGAUGAAGUCAUCGAAAAAGGCGGCGCAGAAUUGAGGGGGCGAAACGCGUGCUUAAUUGCGUUUAAACAGUUCCAUCCUGGCAAGAGUAUCUAUCUCCUAUCUAUCGGAUAUUGUGUAUUUAUUCCGCUCUUCCGUGAUAUCGUCGUCGUAUUGUAAAUUGAAUAAUCGUCGGCGUUGUCCUCCUUAGAAUUAAUUACUAAUUGUUAACUAUAUAUUAUUCUUGUAAAUAAUGCAUAUAUAUAUAUAUGUGAUAUAUAUAUAUAUAUAUAUUGGUUUGGAGGUUUGGAUGAGCUCACUGCCUGCGUUAUCGACUGUACACAUGUAUUUUUCUUUGUACGGUUUUCUUUUUUCAUUCCGUUUCCACGACGAAAGAUUCGAAACGAUGCGUUUUGACUUGAGGCAAAAAGUCUCUUCUUUCGUCGUUGUCAAAAAAAAAACGCAAAGUAUUAAUGGAGAUUCUCUCGAGUUAACGACAUUUGUACCGACAGAACAUUUUUUAAGAUAAAAUUAGUCGAGGAGUGAGCCGUCGAAAGCCUGAUUCGGUCGUUUCCUCGAUGAAACGACAAUGCAGCGCCUCCAAAGAAAUAUAAUCGAGUAUUGUGAAAAAAGAAAAAAAAAUCUCCACGCUGUUUAAUCUCGUCUAUCUCGAGAUCUUGGGGAGAAAGUCCUACGAGUAUAUCUAUAUGUAUAUCAAUUAAGAUUAUUAAAGAUUCUAGUCAUCUAGUUAUUUAAGAGAUAUCAAGUAAAAAAAAAAAAUGAUCGUGCUUUCAUCAUAUGCGCUGUGUACAUUCCUUCAACCCCUUCCCCUUUUAUAAUCAUAGCAAAAGUCUGUAAAAGUAACGCGCGUCGAACAUGAUUUCUGGCAGGCGUUCAAAAGUAGACGCGAGAAAUCAGGAAUAUCACGAAUGUUAUUCCGUUAUAUUUUGUAAUUAUUAUAUAUAUAUAUAUAUAUAUUAAUAUUUGAAUUUGACCAUGGCGCAUUUAAGUUGAAUUAUAGGAUAGCUAGGUGAGGUGACAAUCGUGAAUGUUACUGAAUGAACAAUAAAAAAUUGUUAAUAAUUUAAAUAAAAAUACUUUGUAAUUUUUACACGAAAUAAUCUCAUCGACCGUGUCCGCCGACGUAUAAAAAUAAAAGAAUUGAAGAGAAAAACGGA